UAAAUACUGGGGCCAGCCUCCCCUGGCCAGCUGAGCGGUCUGGCUUCGCAGUCAACAUGAAGGCUCUCCUGACUCUGGGGCUGCUCCUCCUCUCUGUCGCCGUCCAGGCCAAGGUCUAUGAGAGGUGUGAGCUGGCCAGAACCUUGAAAAGACGCUACAGUGGGAGCCUGGCAAACUGGAUGUGUUUGGCCAAAUGGGAAAGUAGUUACAACACACGAGCUACAAAGUACAAUCCUGGAGACAAAAGCACGGAUUAUGCGAUAUUCCAGAUCAAUAGCCACUACUGGUGUAAUGAGGGCAAAACCCCAGGAGGAGUUAAUGGCUGUGGUAUACCCUGCAACGUUUUGCUUCAAGAUGACAUCACUCAAGCUGUAACCUGUGCCAAGAGGGUUGUCAGGGAUCCACAAGGCAUCAGAGCAUGGUAUGUGUAAGCUUACAGGGGAAAGCUUUUUU